CCCUACGUCAUCUCAGUUUGAGCAUAAAAACAUCGAGGUGGGCGUUGUGAAGAGUUUUGUGCUUUCUUUGCUUAUCUUCGGAAACUUUCAAAAAUGGUGCAGCAACUGUCCAAAUCAGGAGCGAGGGAUAGUCCUCUGCUGAAGGCUGGACACCCCCCGGCAGUGAAGGCUGGAGGUAAACGGGUGGCCAAAAAAAGCUUGGAUGAGAGUGGCACCCAUGGGGCCCAGGAAAAGGACACCAAGAGGUCUGAUAAAGUGAGGUCCGUGGCCACCUCCAACAGGAUGCAACAAGUCAACAUUCUCCUGUCAGGAACUCUUGACAAGCUGAGCCAUGACUUCCCUGAGACGCCAGUGAGCGUGAGGCACAGCAAAGUGCGGCCUGCCGUGGAGAAGCCCCACUUGUCCCGAAGCUUUUUCAUCCAGCAGCCGAGGAAGCAGUGAACAACACAUGUUGAAGAAGAAGAAAAAAAAAAACAGAGGGAAUUUUGUUAAGUCAACUGUGAAAGACAAACAUGAAGUGUUGGACACAGGGGGAGGGGGACUGAUAGGUUGUCUGUGAAGUGUCGGUGUUGACGGAGAGAAAGCUUUCAUCAAACUCUUGUAUUUACUUUCUAGAAAGAGAAAGUUCUUUUUGUCCAGGCUGUGCGUCUUUGUGAGAAUUCUAUAAACCAGCAUCUAACGCCCCUUUUCUAAUGUCGUAAGAAAAGUGCUGUAGUUGUGUUUACCAGCUGAUGAAAAACAGAUGGAUUCUGGGUAUGUUAAUGGUGACGGGUUGGGGGUUGUAAAUCAUGUUUUUGAGACAGUUUUUUCCAGCGAAAUCUUUACUAUGUAAUGCUUGGCACUUAGUAGAUUUAAUAAAAAAAUAUAUCGCAUGGUA